AGGGAUUCCGGAGAGGACGGAGAAGCGGAGAAUGGAAGACUGAAGACUCCGACUGCCGUGAAACAUGGUGAAACGACACUAUCGCGGCUUUUUGCCCACGAUGUGGCCUUUGCGAGUAUUUGGGCCAUCUCUCAAGCGUCUGCCUUCCAAAGAUCAACUUUUCCGUCCUGGCUUUGUGUCACCGACCUUGGAACGCUGCGAUUUGCUGCGUUUUGGGCUCGAAAGACCCCACAGUGGGCGGUGAGGCGGUCUUCCGGACCUCGCAGAACCAAUGCGACCGUGGAAGAGACGGCCGCAAUGCCUGGCAUGUGUGGCUGUCCUUUGUGCCUUGGCGGCCAAUGCCUGGUGCUUCUUACACCACAUGCUAGGACCAGGACCCGAAUCAGAUCGAGGUGAAGCCGUCCAGGCGCGCCGUGCGCUGCUGGCAAGCCUAGUGGCUGGCUUUCCAGCCCCAGCGGUGGCUUUCCGAAAUUCCAAGCCGAAGGCCAUAAAGGCUGGAGAGGCAAUGCCUGACCUUGAUCCUGACUACCCGCCUGCACCCUCGGAUGACCCAUGGAUCCGCGGCUUGCAAGCCAAGUCUUGGGAAAGAGAGCCAAUUACCAGGACCAGAUUCUAUUUGAUGGAUGAAAUGACGAAGAUUCAGCCUAACCCUUUUGGUGAGAAAAAGGAUAUGAUCCGCUGGAACGAGGAUCCUGUGAAAUGGGACGUCGUUUCCGCGCAAGACCGCCGGACAGCUGAGAAUUUGGGCCCCACUCUUGGAUACCCUGACCUCACGAGUGAUGCGAUGGGAUGGCAGUCCUAUAUCUACACUGCAGCUGAGGACCGUGACUGGGCCGCCAAGAAUCUCAAUAUCACGCAAACGAUUGAGCUGGACAAACCCUUCCAGGAGCAGCUGAAGCUCAUUAGAUCGCGCAAAUUUGGCGUGGAUUGAUGGGAGCUUGGUUUAGUCAUUGUAGCCACGUAGAACGUGCAGAAACGAUCGGAAGAGCAAAGACGUCA